GUCAAAGAUCAAGUUGAUUGGAAAAGUUUUUAAUCUCGUGAUUGUAGUUUUUUUUAAUCAAAGUUUUUUAAUCUAUAAAUGUAUAUUAUUUUGUUUAUAAAUAAUAUUGUUGCUAUAAAAAUGAUAAUGGAAUAUAUAAUAAAUUAAAAAAUUUGUGAAUUCAUUAAUUGAGAAAUAUAUAUUUUUGUUCAUAUUCUAGUAAAAAUGUCAAAUACAUGAAUGAUUAAGGAAUCUUACAACCUUAAUACUUCAAUAACCUAAAAUAAAAAAAAUAUUUUCUUUGCACGGUUUGUAAGUAACUGAUUUUUUAAUUUCUAUAAUUUUGUCAAAAAUGAUGUGUCACGUUAGACACGUAUGUAAAUAAUUAUAAAUUCAAAAAAAAAAAAAAAAAAAUACAAAAAUCAUUGAAAAAUUAAUUUAAUAAAAAAUGAGUUCUGUUUGGAAACGAUUACAACGGGUAAACAAGAGAGCCGCAAAAUUUCAAUUUACUGUGUCAUAUCAUGAAGUUACUUUACAAACGACAACAAAAUGGAAGCCAAACAAACUAAGUGUUGUAUGGACAAGACGUAGUAGAAGAGUUAGUUCAGAACCAUUAGAUUGGGAACCCAGUUUAAGUGAUCCAUUAAAAGGUGUCAUUAGUUGGGCUGUUCCUGACAAUCAUACAGUUUCAGUAACUUUAUUUAAAGAUCCAAGAACCCAUGAAUUAGAAGAUAAAGAUUGGACAUUUGUAAUUGAAGAUGUUUCGUCUACUGGUAAAAGACGACAUGUAGCUGCUACAAAUAUAAAUAUGAAAAAAUAUGCUACUUUAGAAUCUAGUCAACAACAACUUAAAUUGGAUUUAAAACCUACAUCAAAAAAAAUUGUUAAUGCUACAUUAGAAUGUACUUUAUCUUGUGUCUUUUUAAGAGAAGGCAAAGCAACGGAUGAAGAUAUGCAGAGUAUGGCUAGCUUAAUGUCAGUUAACAACAAUAGUGAUAUUGCACCUUUAGAUGAUUUUGAUAAUGAAGAUAUACCAGAAGAUGUUGAAGAAGUAUCUGGAAAAAAUCUUGAUGAAAUUUUAGAUAUCUCUGCUCAACUUGAUCUAAUGACAAGUAGUCUUACUGAAAGUGAAUUACCUAGUACUCCAAUAAGUGUGGCAAGUUUAUCAAAAGAUGAUAUCACUCCUGUAAAUGAUAGCGAUCAUAUCAUCCGUGAUGUUAGUUUGUCAGGCAUUGGUGAUUCCUUUAAAGAAAAACCUUUAAAGGAUACUAUUGCUGUUGAAAACAAUAAAAAUAUUGAACAUACAUUGAUAAGAUUACCAUUCAAACCAUUAGAAUUAAAAAAGAAUGAUGCCAAUAUUCCUAAAUUAAAAGAAAUUACUCCAGGUCAGGAUUUAUUAGAAUGGUGUAAAGAAGUAACUAAAGAUUAUUCUGGAGUGAAAGUUACUAAUCUUACAACAUCUUGGAGAAAUGGAAUGGCAUUUUGUGCAAUCAUACAUCAUUUUAGAUCAGAUCUUAUAGACAUUGAUUCGUUAUUGCCACAUGAUGUAAAGGGUAAUUGUAAAAAAGCAUUUGAUGCUGGAGAAGCUCUUGGGAUACCUAGAGUAAUAGAACCAGCAGAUAUGGAUAUAUUGACUGUACCUGAUAAAUUAGCUGUGAUGACUUACUUGUAUCAAUUGAGAGCACAUUUUACUGGUCAUGAAUUAGAAGUACAUCAAAUAGGUAAAACAGCAGAUGAAUCAUCUUAUAUGAUUGGCAGAUUUAAUACUGACAAUAAUUCAGAUGUAAGUGUGCAAUUAUUUGGUCAGGAAAUAAUUAAUUUGCGCAAAAAAGAUCAAAUGGAUCAUAAAAAUAAUAAAAGUGAUAAUAACAGACGAUCAAAUCCAUUUGAUAAUAAAAAAGAAGAUGUUAACAUUGAUGCUUUAAAAAAUAAAUUACAUUUAAGUUUGAACAUAGAAAAUCAGGAUCAUGAUCAAUGCAAAGAUAAGUCACCAUCAAGUGUUAAAGAUGUUAAAGAUAUUAUAUUAGCUAGUUCAAAAAGUAUUUUAGAGAAAGUAUUAUCACCAACAAAAGAAAAAUAUUUGUCUAGAGAAAAGAGUAAAUCUCCACCAAGAAUAUCACAAACACAGCAACGUCCUAUAUUAAUGACUCGUCGACAAUUAACAGAUCCUUUUGGAUCUGAUGAAGAAGAAGAAAAUAUUCAAAUAAUUGACGAAAAAUGGUCUCAAUCAAUCUCAAUUAAUAAAUCAGAAACGCCAGAUGAUAAUGAUUCAAUCAAUAUAAGUGACAAAGGAAAUCGUACUGAAUAUCAAACAAUAUCAUCACAAGGAGAACAACGUUCUCAAAAUCCAUUAGUCAGUCGACACGACGAAUUAAGACAACGUGCCAGACAGCUAUUAGAACAGGCUAGGAAUCAUACAAAGUCAACUGGUCUUAUUUCUACUGCUGCUUGUCCUAUUGAGAGUCAAAAUGAUGAUGAAAGACAGCAACAAUUGCGUGAAAGAGCAAGACGUUUAAUAGCAGAAGUAAAAAUGGGUGUAAACAUUACUUCAAAUCAAAUUAAUGAUGACAAUAAUAGUGACAGACGUUCAAUAGAUGAUCAAAAUAAUAGUCCAAGACGAAGUAUUACACCAUCUACUCCGGGUGAUAAAUUUAGUACAAAAUCUGAAUACAAUGGAAAUACUCUAGGAACUCCAAAUAUAAUAGAUGGAGAAAAAAAAACAGGUUCUCCUUUGUUCUCAUUUUCUAAAAUAAUAGAAAGAAUUUCUCCAGAUAAAACUAGCCCAGAUAGUACUUCAUAUACGCUUAGAGGGUUUGGAAAAGACAUGUCAUCUUAUAUUCAAAAUGAAUUAGAAGCAUUAGAAAGAGAACAAACUCAAAUAGAUAUUCAAGCUGGUAAACUUGAGAAACAACUUCGAGCUGCAAUGGAAAGUGAUAAUGAAGAUGAAACAGAAAGAUUAAUGUCUCUUUGGUUUACACUUGUUAAUAAAAAAAAUGCGUUAUUAAGAAGACAAAUGCAAUUGAAUAUAUUAGAAAAAGAAGACGAUCUAGAACGACGGUUUGAAUUAUUGAAUCGUGAAUUGAGAAGUAUAUUAGCAGUAGAAGAAUGGAGAAAAACUUCUGAACAAAAAAUGCGAGAAAAUUUACUUUUAGAGGAGCUAGUUUCAAUAGUAAAUAAGAGAGAUGAAUUAGUUCAUCAUCUUGAUACACAAGAAAGAGCUAUCGAAGAUGAUGAUGAAAUAGAACGUAAUUUAUCUAGAGCUGGUUUAGCUCAACGAAAUAAAAAUUGUAUUAUACAAUAAAAGUGUAAUCUUUUUUUUUUUGGUCAGAAGUGACAAGCAUAAUUCAUUUUGCUGUGGGAUUGCCAAAGAAAAUAUAAAAUUUUUUUCAAAGGUAAAAUCAAGAAUUAUAUAAAAUAAUAAUAUUUAGAAACUUAUUUUAUACUAUGAACUAUAUAUAAAUUGUACAACCAGUGUUUUAUAUUUAUACAUAUUCAUUAUUAAGUACAACAUCAACAGAAUACUACUUCUCGUAGUAGAUCUAAUUUCAAAAUGAUCCGUCGAAGAAAUACACAAAUUCACUGAAAUUUAUUAUGAAAGAUGUAAAAAGAAUAUGUUGCUAGAAAAAUCAAUUUCAAUUAUAAUUGAAAUUAUAAUUGAAAUACAUUCAUUUAUAAUUAUAAUAUCUCAUUAAAAAAGCAAUAGAAAAAUAUGUUAUGUAGGAACUUCUCAAUUCAAAUAAGGUGCUCGAAUCUUAAUAUAAAUUAAAGAAGAAUAUAUAAAAAAAAA